AUGCGCUUCUUUACUGCCGCCGCUCUCCUCCUCAGCAGUGUCGCACUCGCAGCGCCUGCUCAAGAACAAACAAAAGACUGCUGCUGCUGCGACAUCUCCCAACCUGCCAUUGUCUGCCAAAAGAAUGUCAAGCCCGAAGACUGCAUCUGCGCCGCCGUCAUGUGCCCAGUCAACGCUCCCACCUACUGGCCUGCCACCGCUACCGCCACUUCUACGCCAACUCCGACAGCCACCGUCGUCAAGCGACAGGAAGACAAGAAGCCCGCCACGACUGAUCCUGCCAAAACGCCCUGCUGUUGCUGUAGCGUGGCUGACCAAGCUAUCGUCUGCGAAGUGCGCCCUGAGGGUGCUGAUAACACAUGCGUGUGUCCUAAGGUCAUGUGCCCUAUUGGUGCGCCGACUUUAACGAAGAACGUGGGUGCGCAGAAGACUGGAAACUAA